AGCUAAAAGCGAGGAUAGAAGCUCCAUUCAUGUUUGCAGCUGGUAAAGCAGCCCUUCUGUCACUCCUCUUUCUGCGAGCCCAGGGAAGAUAAAAAAAGUCCUUGUCUACAACAGAUAUACCCUUAGAUAAAAAAAGAAUCCUUUUCUACAACAGAUAUACCCAUAGUCAGAACUCGGCGCUUGGCCCCAUUAGUCCCUCUUGAGGAACCACUGCGCCCUCCAGCGGAGGAACCGCGGCAGAACGUCCGAGGAGCAAAGUCCCCCAACACCUUCACGUUCUUCCUCUAAAGGAGAUCCGCGGUUUUUUUGGUCCCGCCCCCUCACGGAGUACCGCCCCCCGACGCAACAUCAUCAUGUGGCACCGAUUGGCUGGAUCCUGUGCGUGAAGGCGUUGCGUGUGGGGCGGGCGGAUGAGCGCUGUCCGUAAGGCCUCAGCCGAGAGUCCCCGGCCGCCGCCCCCGCUGUCGCGCCGCAUCCGCCCCUCGCCAGCCUAGAGGAUACAGGGGACAGCCAGCGUGCUGAGUGAUUGCGCAGCCGCUAAACAUCUGCGCCAUCCUCCUUUUCUAUCAGGCGGCUCUUCUCGGCCAGGCCCAGGUCGAGGGGGAAAAUGGCGCCGGCGCCCCUAGGCGUCCGGGAGGAGCGGUUGCUGGAGUGUCGGUCCGACCCACUCUCCCGGCUCCUUUUCCUUGCCCAGACGGCUCUCCUCCUCCUGCCCACCGCCCGAGCUGGUGUUUGCCCCGCACCCUGCUCUUGCCGCAUUCCUGUCCUGGACUGCAGUCGCAGGAAACUGCCCGCGCCGAGCUGGAGGGCGCUGUCGGGCUCGCUGCCCCCUGACACCGCUAGUCUGGAUUUGAGUCAUAACCGGUUGUUUAACUGGAACGUCAGCUUGGAAUCACAAACAUUACAGGAAGUGAAAAUGAAUUACAAUGAGCUAACAGAAAUCCCAUAUUUUGGAGAAACAACAUCUAAUAUUACUCUACUUUCAUUAGUUCAUAAUAUAAUCCCGGAAAUAAAUGCAGAGGUGUUCCAGUUUUAUCAUGCUCUUGAGAGUUUAGACCUUAGCUCAAAUAUAAUAUCAGAAAUCAAGACAUCUUCAUUUCCUCGAAUGCAGCUUAAAUACCUGAAUUUGAGUAAUAACAGAAUAACCACUUUGGAGGCUGGUUGCUUUGAUAAUUUAUCAAGUUCAUUAUUAGUGGUAAAGUUAAACCGUAACCGAAUUAGCAUGAUUCCACCUAAGAUCUUCAAGCUGCCUCACCUCCAAUUCUUGGAACUUAAAAGAAACAGGAUUAAAAUUGUGGAAGGUCUUACAUUCCAAGGACUUGACUCCUUAAGAUCUUUGAAAAUGCAGCGGAAUGGAAUUAGCAAACUUAAGGAUGGAGCGUUUUUUGGCUUGAAUAACAUGGAAGAACUAGAACUAGAACACAAUAACCUUACAGGAGUGAAUAAAGGGUGGUUGUAUGGCUUGCGAAUGUUACAACAGCUUUAUGUAAGCCAGAAUGCUAUCGAAAGAAUCAGUCCUGAUGCGUGGGAAUUUUGCCAAAGACUGUCUGAACUUGAUUUGUCCUAUAACCAGCUGACCCGCCUGGAUGAGUCUGCCUUUGUGGGUCUGAGCUUACUAGAGAAAUUAAAUUUAGGGGACAACAGAGUCACUCACAUUGCUGAUGGUGUGUUUAGGUUUCUUUCGAAUCUUCAGGCACUAGACUUAAGAAACAAUGAAAUUUCAUGGGCCAUAGAAGAUGCUAACGAAGCCUUCACUGGACUGACAAGUCUCACUAAAUUAAUUUUACAAGGAAACCAGAUUAAGUCAAUUACAAAGAAAGCAUUCAUUGGUCUGGAAUCUCUUGAGCAUCUAGAUUUGAACAAUAAUGCUAUAAUGUCUAUCCAAGAAAAUGCUUUUUCUCAGACUCACUUGAAAGAACUGAUUCUGAACACGAGCAGUUUGCUCUGUGACUGCCAUUUGAAGUGGUUACUUCAAUGGCUGGUUGAUAAUAACUUCCAGCAUUCUGUGAAUGUAAGCUGUGCACACCCUGAAUGGUUAGCAGGACAAAGCAUCCUUAAUGUGGAUCUGAAAGAUUUUGUCUGUGAUGAUUUUCUCAAGCCACAAAUGAGGACACAUCCUGAAAACACAGUUGCUCUACGAGGCAUGAACGUGACUCUGCUAUGCACUGCUGUGAGCAGCAGCGACUCACCCAUGUCCACUAUGUGGCGAAAAGAUAGUGAAAUCCUCUAUGAUGUGGAUAUUGAGAAUUUUGUUCGUUAUCAGCAGCAAGCUGGAGAAGUUCUAGAAUAUACCAGUAUCUUACAUCUUUUCAAUGUGAAUUUCACAGAUGAAGGAAAAUAUCAGUGUAUUGUUACUAAUCACUUUGGUUCUAAUUACUCUGAAAAAGCCAGACUGACUGUGAAUGAGAUGCCAUCUUUUCUGAAAACUCCAAUGGAUCUAACUAUUCGCACUGGUGCCAUGGCCAGAUUAGAAUGUGCUGCAGAGGGACACCCUGCACCUCAGAUUUCCUGGCAGAAAGAUGGUGGUACUGACUUUCCUGCGGCUCGAGAAAGACGAAUGCAUGUCAUGCCCGAAGAUGAUGUCUUCUUUAUUGCCAAUGUGAAAAUAGAAGACAUGGGAGUCUACAGCUGCAUGGCACAAAAUACAGCAGGAGGCCUCUCAGCAAAUGCCUCACUAACAGUGUUGGAGACACCCUCCUUCAUUAGACCUCUGGAGGAUAAGACAGUAACUCGAGGUGAAACUGCAGUACUACAGUGCAUAGCUGGAGGGAGUCCUGCCCCACGCCUCAACUGGACUAAAGAUGAUGGACCACUGCUGGUGACAGAACGACACUUCUUUGCUGCAGCCAACCAGCUUCUCAUCAUUGUAGAUGCUGGGCUAGAAGAUGCUGGAAAAUAUACCUGCAUUAUGUCUAACACCCUUGGGACAGAACGUGGCCACAUUUACCUAAAUGUUAUUUCAUCCUCCAAUUGUGACUCUUCCCAGGGUAGCAUUGGAUAUGAAGAUGAUGGCUGGACCACAGUUGGUAUUGUCAUCAUUGUUGUGGUCUGCUGUGUUGUGGGUACCUCUUUGAUCUGGGUCAUUGUUAUUUACCACAUGAGAAGGAAAAAUGAAGACUAUAGUAUCACAAACACUGAGGAACUCAAUCUGCCUGCAGACAUUCCCAGCUACUUGUCUUCCCAAGGAACAUUGUCUGAGCCACAGGAAGGAUACAGCAACUCUGAGGCAGGCAGUCAUCAGCAACUUAUGCCUCCUGUCAAUGGAUAUAUACACAAAGGCACUGAUGGUGGCACUGGUACCCGGGUGAUCUGCUCAGAUUGUUAUGACAAUGCCAACAUCUACUCCAGAACCCGAGAAUACUGUCCUUACACCUAUAUUGCUGAGGAGGAUGUUUUAGAUCAGACACUGUCCAGCCUCAUGGUCCAGAUGCCCAAAGAGACUUAUUUAGCACAUCCUCCCCAUGAUGCCCCUGCCUUGGAGAGCUUGAUAUCAUCAGCAGACAGAGAGCUGUCUGCCUUUCCCACCAACCAUGAGAGGAUGACGGAGAAGAAACUUCCCUCCACACAGAUGAGCAGUGAAACAUUGCAGCGGCCUCUGUGGAACAUAAGCAAAGAACUAGGCCUGCCUCAUCCUCACUUUUCCCAGCAGCCAGUCCUUGAGUCACCACAACUUCACCGAAAUGAGGGCCUGGCAGAAAAGGAUCCAGACUGUUCCACCUCCCCCACGUCUUGCCACAGGUUACAGGACCACACUUUUAAUUUUAAUAGGACUCAGAACAUGCAAGAUGGUAGUGAGGGCACCUGAAACUUACUUCUGGAUGAAAUCUGGGCAAAGACUCAUUAAUUCAUUUUGUAUUUACUACCUCGGAGUUCAGAAAAAACCUCCAAAGUCAGCAUUUGCUUUACUCUAUGUUUACGAUUACAUCUAACACACCAAAGUGGGCCACAUAUUAGUUUGGGCAUAUCCCUGGUGAAGAAAGGGUAACGGCUGACAGAAAUGGGUGCAUAUGAUUGAAAAUGUGCAGCAUCAGAGGGAAGAUACGGGGCAAGUGCUGGUGCCCCCACUGGCAUGUGUCCAGGUAUGCAUUGCCUGUCAGGAAGAGGGUCAUUGCUGCUGAACAUGCGGGAUUGUCCCAGGCCUCAAAAUGACCUGAGAAACAUCACUGCUUGGAUGUUUUACUUUGCCUUCUAAGGAGCAAAAAUAACUUGGGAGCCCUCUGCCAAGUGUGCUUGAGAUUCUUCAGUGGUUUUAAGUAGAUGGUUGAGAUUGGGGCUUUGAUAUUGAAGGUCUGUGGCAAGAAUUCCAGGCUUGACCAACUGGUACCAGGUCAAAGGCUUUCAUAUUCUUGAGAUUUUUUUUUUUUUUUUGUCCUUAUUGCUAAGGGAGCUCUUUGUAUAUAUAUGUGCAUUUAUAAAUAAUUUUUCUAUUAAUUGAC